AUCCGAGGCCAGUUCACCACGAACCAAAUCGCACUGGAUGCUGGGAUGAACACGGAGCCUCAAAAAUCCGGAAUUCGCUCUGCUCUCGAGUACACCGGUAUUCCAAAAUCAUGGCUCUCUAAACGACCCAAGCUGCCGUCGCGCAACUGGCUCAUAUUCCUCACCGUCACGUCCUCCCUUACUGGCCUCUUCAUCUACGACCGCCAACAAUGCAAGAAAAUCCGACAAGAAUACAUAGACAAGGUCAAACAUCUUUCGGAAGAGACUCCAGACCAUCUUUCGUACCCUAGGAAGGUCACAGUAUAUGGAAGUAAAUGGCCUGGGGACGAGGACCACGACCAGAGCAUGAGAUACUUUCGGAAGUACGUCAAGCCUAUCUUGGUCGCGGCUGCAGUGGACUACGAGAUGGUGAAUGGGAAACGGCAUGGAGAUAUCGCGACCCGGAUAGCCGACGAGGUGAAAAAGCAACGGCGGUUAGACCUGGGUUUGGAUAGCCCUCCAGAACGGAGCGGGAUGCCCCCCCAGUACACGUGGCGCACGAAGGAGCAGCUGAGGCAGCAGGAGCUGGACGGGGGUAUCGUUAUCGUUGGACGCCCGACGUGGAAGGAGUUCAUGACGGGCCUAAAGAAUGGUUGGACGGAGCCACUCGAUGUCGUUGACCAUGAAGAGGAGCUGUCAAGAGAAUUGGAGGCCGACGGGCGGUUCGACGAGCCUGACGAGCCAAUGGAAGUCGCGUCGGUUUCCCCGGCACAGAUGCAUAAUUCCCAGUUCUACGCUUCCUUACAGGCAAAGCCUUCAUUACCGCCGCUGCCGCUGCCGUCGCCUUCCCCCACCAUGGACGUCCCCGCCACGAUUACCGCCCUACCGCCAAUCCUUCUCGUCUCAUUCGUCGACUACGUCGGCAUCAAACUCGUACCCAAUAUGAUCUGGGACUGGAUGAACCGCCGACACCACGUCCGCGUGGGUGCUGAGGCUGGGUACCGACUAGUCAUGGCCAACACACGUCCCAUCAACCCCCCAGCAACCAAACCUCUCUUUUCUGACAUUACGAACCCCCCUACGCCAGAGACGGACCUGGAUUUCGACAAAUCUAUGGAAGGUUACUUCAAGAGCUCCCUACAGUCCAUUCCUUCAGACAUCGAGCGUACUCGGAAAAAGUAUUACGAGCAGCUCCCGGCCAAGUUGGUCAUUGCACGCGAACUGGCAAGGAAUGUCAGGGAGCCUACGUCAGAUGAGGUCAAGUACCCGCCGCCGACGGAGGUUGAGUUGAGGGCAGAGCGUAUGACGAAAGAGAAACGAUGGCGGAAGGACCUGAAAGGUUGGGAGAUUGUCAAGCCGUCCCAAGAGGUUUCCUGGGAUCCAAGAUUCGAGAACGCGCUCACUGUCUUUGUUGACCCUCCAAAAGAGACGGAAAGCAAAGAGGAACCUAGUGUUAAUGAUACCUCAUCUAGCUAAUAUUUACAUUGAUUGCCAUUAAAUUUUAGAAGCUUGCAAAAUCGUACUUGUUUCGUCUUUUGAGGUAGCGUAUUUAAAACAGGUGCGUUCUUAUCGUACAUCAU